AAACACGGAAGCGGAAGAAAAAAAGCAAAGAGACAGCAAUUAUGGGUUUUAGGAAAGCAUCUUUGCUUCUAUACUUUCUAUUUUUAAUCCAUCUCCACAACCACCACUCUUCUCGCGCGAUCUCCGCUGCUCCGAGCCACGAAUCGGAGCCUUUAUCUAUCGUUGUUAAGAAGGGCGGCGGAGGCGGUGGCGGAGGUGGUCGCAGUUUCGGUGGAGGUGGUCGUAGUUUCGGUGGAGGCGGCAGAGGCGGUGGUGGAGGUGGAGGCGGAAAAGGUGGAAGAGGAGUGAUUCCGCUCGUCGGAGGUGCUGCUGGUGCUGCUGCUGCUUCCCACCACCGUCGCCAUCAUAAUCAUUCAAGCGGCGGUCGGGAAAGUGCUAGCGUUUGGUUUGGUUUAUCUGCUUUACUCGGUUUGGUUUUGGCUUCUUAGGGUUUUCUUAGUUUCGAUCGCCGGUUUAGGUUAAAUGUUUGGUGCCGGUUUUGCUUUCCACUGGUUUGCUCUUUGGAUAUAUAAGUUUGUUAGGAUUCUGUUAUCAUAAAAUAUAUAAAUCAUCGAUUGAAGAA